AUGGCUGCUUGGUUGGUUGAAGAAUUGAAAAAAUAUCCCAUAACUCACGGUAAAAAUGUCAACAAUUCGUUUGAGUUGGUAGACCAUUUGAAAGGAUUCGAGGUUAGGCGAGGGGAAAUUCUGGUGUCGUUCAAUGUUACAGCUCUUUUUCCGAACGUGCCAGUAACAGAGGCGGUAGAAAGUUUGCGCAAACAUAUGGAACGGAAACGCGUACCACCCAAUCAGAUCGGAGCAUAUCUUUUGGUAACGAAAACCUGUAUGAAUCAGAACUUCUUUUCGUUCAGGGGAAAAUUCUACAAGCAAACGUUUGGUCUCAGUAUGGGUAGCAAGCUACCGCCACUCCUGGCGGAGGUUUUCAUGAAAGAUUUUGAAACAGAGUUGGCGAAAGAAAAAUUCUUCCCUCGAAUGUGGAGACGCUAUGUAGAUGACAUCUUCGCAGUUGUGAAAGAACGCUACUUGAAGCAGACGUUGGAGUUGUUGAAUUCCCGACAUAGGACGAUUAAGUUUACCGUCGAAAAAGAAAAAGACGGUACACUUCCUUUUCUGGACCUGUACAUCACCCGGAAGGAAGAUAAUCGACUAAAGUUUGGGAUAUACCGUAAACCAACGUCUACGGAUAGAUAUAUAACUUCCGACUCUAAUCACUUCGGCGCACAAAAACAAGCAGCCUUCCACUCCAUGGUGUAUCGUCUCCUCAACAUACCAAUGGAGAGAGAUGAUUACAUAGCGGAAAAAAUAGAAUCUACCAUGCUGCAGAGCUGA